CAACGCCGGAAUAAAGCUUUUCGUGGCAUUGCUCAUUUGACCAUUUGUCCCGGCCUCAAAGGAUCACUUUCAUCGUGUUCCGCUCGCUUCGUUCCGUGCAUCUUCCGCUUUUCACGCGACCUCUCGCCUCGCCCGUGCCCCGAGAGAGUUGGUGGACAGGCCACAUCUUCCCACUCGCUCCCUCUUCUGGCCGCCAGAGACCUCUUGUCAGCUCCACCUUCCCCCCCACACACACCCUCACAGGCGCUCUUGUCUCCUUCAGACUCUUGCUUUGACGAGGCUUCGCCAAAAGCCUGCAGGCACCAAAGCCUGCUUCCAGUCGGCCUCGGUCGGAGAGCCAGUUUUAAUUGGAUUCAAGCCCGGCCCCUUCCGGGCACACCCCAUCUCGGGUCGCCACGCCUGCAUCUGGCCCACCGCGAACAGACUGACAUAUUUACCGCUUGGCAACCGCUUCGGUCAAUGACGGUUGCGUCGGAAACCGGUUAUUCGCUUUGCUCCGCCCGUCGUUGA